CGGCAGAAAGGCGGGCGCUGCCCAGACGCUUGCCCGGGCAGCCUGCCGAGCAGCGGCGGGCGGUGCGCCUGCGGCUCCUCUCACCCGGGUGGGGCCCGUUUCCUGGUGCGGCCUCGGUCGCAGAGCGGUACGAGCCCCGGCUCGGUCGUGCCCUGGCAGAACCCGGAGGGACAGUGGGGGUCUUGCUGGGGGGUGCCUCAGUGGGAAGGGGACCGGCUCUACCUGUGAACACGGCCCCGCCGAAGAGCCAUCUCCUCAGGUACUUGCAGUGUGUGCAGCGAUCGAGGUCGGUGCGGCUGCUCGCAAAGAUGGAUUUCUCCUCAUUAACCGCGACGUGAAUUUCCAGCGAUCGAAGGACCACAAUGAAUGUGGAACACGAAAUUGGCCUCUUGGUUGAGGAGAUUCGACGAUUGGGAACCAGAAAUGCUGAUGGACAAGUGAGUGUGAAGUUUGGUGUGCUCUUUGCUGAUGAAAAGUGUGCCAACCUCUUUGAAGCCCUAGUGGGAACUCUUAAGGCUGCAAAACGACGGAAGAUUGUCAGUUAUAAUGGAGAGCUACUUUUACAAGGUGUUCAUGACAAUGUUGAUAUCAUGCUGCUGCAGGACUGAUGCAGUAUUUCAGCUAUGCAUCAAUGGAAUUGUUUGACUCAGUGACUUGCAACAUCCUCUUAAUAAGGCUGAUCAUUCUAAAGUGUUCCGAUGUAUUUUCUAUGUCUUUAUAGUCAAAAGGAAAUUGUCCUAUUUUGAAAAACAUUCCCUUUUGUAAUUCUUCCUAAAAUGGUACUGUAUGUGAGUAAGGUAAAAGAUGCCAGUCUCUCUUUAAAAAAAAAAAACAACUCAGGUAUUCUUUUCCAAUGUCUGGUGGUUAUUUUCAACAUAGGAAGAAGGAGGCUUGUAAUUUAAUGUUUACAGAUCAAAAUGUGCCAUGCAAUUAUAAAAUAAAAGCACAUUCUUCA